AUGCUGCAGGUGCUGGCGGGGGUCCCCGCCGCCCUCUACGUCGCGGGCUGCCUCCCCCCCAUCCGGGCCAUCGCCGGCUUCGUCGCGGCCCCCCUCGUUGCCCCCGCCACGGUCGUCGCCGACCGCAUCGCCACCCGCGCGGUCGUCGACGUCGUCCUCACCGCCGCCGUCGGCUUCGCCGCCUUCCUCGCCACCGGCGCAGAGGAAACCUUCUGGGAGCUGAAGGUGGUCGGCCUGACGCUCCCCGGCAUGCUGGAGACGGUAGUUGGGGCGCGGGCGACCCCCCGGGCGCUCCCCGGGUCUAUGGAGAUCGGCGGGGGGCUACCGCUCCGCCAGGCGCUGGUGGGCCUCGAGACUCGCCCUGUAGCGCAGACGGCCCUCAGGACGACGGCGCUCUCCGUGGAGCCGGCGAUCCUCCGGCUGCCGGCGAUCCACGCGACGCCGGCGGCCACCGGGCCGACCUACUAG